UGGACUGUUCUACAUCACUCAUGGCUGCCAAGUCCAGCUGGUUCUUCCAUCCUCAAAGCUAACUCACUUCUAGCUGUGACUUGGUAAAGCCAGCAUUGGGCAUAAUAUGAGGCACAGCCAGUAUGGUAAGCCAGCCUUGGGCAUGAUAUGAGGCAAAGCCAUAUGGUAAGGCCAGCAUUGGGCAUGAUACGAGACACAGCCAGUAUGGUAAGGCCAGCAUUGGGCAUGAUAUGAGGCACAGCCAGUAUGGUAAGGCCAGCAUUGGACAUGAUACGAGGCACAGCCAGUAUGGAAAGGCCAGCAUUGGGCAUGAUACAAGGCACAACCAGUAUGGUAAGGCCAGCAUUGGACAUGAUACGAGGCACAGCCAGUAUGGUAAGGCCAGCAUUGGGCAUGAUAUGAGGCACAGCCAGUAUGGUAAGGCCAGCAUUGGGCAUGAUACGAGACACAGCCAGUAUGGUAAGGCCAGCACUGGGCAUGAUACGAGGCACAGCCAGUAUGGUAAGGCCAGCAUUGGGAAUGAUAUGAGGCACAGCCAGUAUGGUAAGGCCAGCAUUGGGCAUGAUACAAGACACAGCCAGUAUGGUAAGGCCAGCAUUGGGCAUGAUACAAGACACAGCCAGUAUGGUAAGGCCAGCAUUGGGCAUGAUAGGAGGCACAGCCAGUAUGGUAAGGCCAGCAUUGGGCAUGAUACAAGACACAGCCAGUAUGGUAAGGUCAGUAUUGGGCAUGAUACGAGGCACAGCCAGUAUGGUCAGGCCAGCAUUGGGCAUGAUAUGAGGCACAGCCAGCAUGGUAAGGCCAGCAUUGGGCAUGAUAUGAGGCACAGCCAGGAUGGUAAGGCCAGCAUUGGACAUGAUAUGGGGCACAGACAGUAUGGCAAGGCCAGCAUUUGGCAAGAUACAAGGCACAACCGGUAUGGUAAUGCCAGCAUUGGGCAUGACAUGAGACACAGCCAGUAUGGUAAGGCCAGCAUUGGGCAUGAUAUGGGGAACAACCAGUAUGGUAAGGCCAGCUUUGGGCAUGAGAUAAGGCACAGCCCGUAUGGUAAGGCCAGCAUUGGGCAUGAUAUAGGGCAUGGCCAGUAUGGUAAGGCCAGCAUUGGGCAUGAUAUGGGCGCAGCCAAUAUAAUAAGUCCAACAUUGGGCAUGAUACAAGGCACCCUCAGUAUGGUAAGGCUGGCAUUGAGCACAAUACGACACACAGCCAGGAUGGUAAGCCCAGCAUUAGGCAUGAUACCAGGCACAGCCAGUAUGAUAAGGCCAGUAUGGUCAAUAUAUGAAGAAAAGGCAAAGUAUGGGUAAAGUACAGAAGGCAAGACCAAAGAAGUCUAUUUUUAUUGCUUUGUAUGUAUCACUGAAGAAAACAUGUUGGAUAUGUUGUGGUUUGGUUUAGCAAGGUAUUAACAGUCUGUCAUUCUG